GCGUAAGGCUUAAAAAAUUAAAUUUUAUAAUGAUUUAAUAAAAGCACACGCGAGUUAGUACAGAUUAAUCGAUAAACUGGUUCGAUUAGGACCAAAAAAUGUAUAAAAAAAGAAAUUCGUUGCUUUUAAACAUCUUGUUAUUUUAUACAAGAUGUACGUAUAGUGAAUUGCUGUGAGUAAGUCAUGUGAAUAAUUUUUUACGAAGAAAAAACUAUAAAAAUAUGAAAUAGAAUUUUUUGUUAACUUGUCUUUCUUUUAGAAAUACUAAUUUUACAAGAAAGAUAUAUAUUAUUUUAAAUUUAUAAGUCUAUUUGUGUCUUACGUAUUGACAUUCGAUUGUGUUUGUUGACCAAACGAUCGUCAACGACCUUAGAAUUUACAUACGUAACAUUGCGUACUUAUAAAUAAUAACAUUAGGUACCGAUAGCGUUGUCAGUUUUCGGCAGUCUCUUCGAGUGAUAAUAUCGCGCGAUUAUAUAGAUAUCCUUUUGGCAUUAGCAGUUCUUAAUGAUAAUGAAUUAACUGCAGCUAAUCGUUGCAAAGAAAUACUUCAGUCGGUAUAUAUUAUCCACAUACAGGAUAACUAAAAUGAAAACGGGCACGGCAUUUCUAACACUGUUAUUAAAUAGCGGACUAAUAAUCAUUAGUGCGUCAUAUAAUUCUAUCGAUUAUUCCAAUCUUAAAACAUAUUUUCCCGACACCCAUGACAAUUUAAGUCGUCUACCGGAUGCUCUCUUACCGGAGGACAUCAUCAACGAUACCAAUAAUAAUUAUCGUUUAUCAAAUUAUACAAUACCGAAGCACUAUGAUAUCUGGCUCGUUCCAAUUGUUAAGGAAAAAAAAAUUCCAAUUAUUUAUGGGAAUAUUAAUAUCGACUUCAUAACCCUUCGUCCAACGAGGACUAUAGAUUUUCAUGCACAAAGACCUUAUGUAAAGAUACAUGAUUAUGCAUUAUUACGACGAUUUCAUAAAGGAACCUUCGUAAUCGGUAAUUUAACGAAAAAAUCCUAUAAUUAUGAAUCCCACAUUCUCGUUCUUCACUUCGACACUGAAUUGCCACGAGGAAAAUACACAUUGAAAAUGAUGUUUGAGAGCACUGUUGAUAACGAGGAAAAUUUCUACAAUAUGGUACAAUAUAUUGCGAAUAAAAGGUUCACCAUUGCACCACCAACACCGACAAGGUGGCCGAUGUUUAUAACAUUUUUUCAAGCACUUGGAGCUCGUCAAAUAUUUCCAUGUUGGGAUGAACCAAACUUAAAAGCUACUUUUAACAUUGCUUUACGUCAUAAUUUUACUAUCAGCGGGGUAGAUUCCAUAUCGAAUAUGGACGUAUAUACAAUAUACAACCAGCAUGAAGCGCGAUGGUCAAUUUAUAUGACUAGUCCUAGAAUGCCCACUCAUUCCGUGAUGCUUAGUAUAUAUACCUUUCCCUUUAUAACUUCGUAUUCAAAGUCGCCGAAAGUCCUGAUUAUGUAUUAUAGAUAUGAUGCGAAUACUCAUGUAGAAUUUGUAGCACAAAUUGCAAAGAAUAUCACACAGUAUUUAAAAUCCGAAUGGAAUUAUUUAACAAAAGAAUCGUAUACGAAACGGUUCGUUAUAAUUCCGUACGUGGCAAACAAUGACAUAGCAAAAUGGGGAAACAUUAUUCUCAGAGAAUUCGAUAACAUUUAUUACAAAGAAAAUGAUCCUAUUAUGUGCAAAAUAAAGAUAGCGCGUUCAUUAGCAUGCAAAAUGAUGCAACAGUGGUUUGGUAAUACGGUCAGCUCAUCGUGGUGGUCUUAUCUUUGGUUAAACGAUGGUAUUAGUAUGUUGAUCGGGAUAGAAGUCCUCAAUAAGAUUCUUCCAAAUUCCCGGAUAAUCGAUUUAUCUAUAGUCCAAAAUCAAUAUGAAUCUCUUCAUUUGGACACUAAUUUUAUUAUGAAGCCUCUAACAUUACAGCAAGUUAACAGUCCCUCUGAAAUUAAUUCACUUUUUUUUCAUUCUCAUUACGUCAAAGCGCUUGCAGUUUUGCGCAUGUUACAACAUGUACUUUCUGAUGAUGUGUUUAAGAAGGGUAUCGAAAUAUAUUUUAACACCUAUAAAUAUAGAUCUGCAACUCUCGACAAUUUCUGGACAGCUAUGCAAACUGCCCAUGAUAAAUUGCCAAUCCAAAAGAAAAAAGAAUUUAGUAUAGCACAGAUGAUGAAGGCUUGGACAACGAAACAUCAUUAUCCUAUACUGAAGGUAAAACGACAAUCUGGAUGUGAAGAAUCUUGUCAAGUGAUAAUAUCACUAGAAGAUCUCGAUACGUCGCAUCGUGAUAGUUGGUGGAUACCAGUAACCAUUACUACGGAACAUGAACAAGAUUUUGACUCCCAUUCUCACAAAUCGUGGUUAAUUCUUACGCAAACGCGUCUUCCAUUUCUCGUAUUGCAUAUGCUGCAUUUUGGAAGAUAUAAUUGGAUAAUAGUCAACAUACAACAAGCUGGAUAUUAUCGUGUCAAUUACAAUAUCGAAGAUUGGGGAAGACUUGCGACAUACCUGAAUUCUGAACAAUAUAUGAAAAUACAUGUUCUCAAUCGCGCUAAACUCAUCGAUGACUCGUUUCAUCUUGCCGUAGCAGGCAAACUUAGUUACAGUAUAUUCUGGAAUAUCUCGAAUUACCUACAUCAAGAGAAAGACUACAUAGCAUGGUAUCCCAUGUUCAAAGCUAUUGAACAUAUGUCAAGUAUCUUCCCAUUUCCCACAGGAACAGUCAGAGAAAUUAAGAGAAGAAUAAACGAUAUGUUGAGUGGACUGCUUGCACAGAUAGGAUAUCAGGAAAAUCCUAAUGACGAUGAUCUUACUAAGUGUUUGAGACAAGAGGCCGCAAAAUGGGCAUGUACUCUCGGUCUUCCCGAUUGCAUAAAUACAGCCCGACGUCAAUUGCAUCAGUAUAUCUUUACUAAAAACUUCAAACUUUUGCCAUGGUGGAAAGAAUGGACAGUCUGUAAUGGUGUAAUGACAGUGACUAACCAAACCUAUUGGGCCGAGAUAAUUUCUUUCGGACACGAAAUACACAUAAAAUACAACGGAAACAAUAUACCUCAAAAAAGAGUUACAAUUUUCGAAUGUGGCCUGACUUGCAUUAAACAUACUCCAAUUGUUUCCCAUGCAAUGAACAGCGCUCGAAAUGGACGUGUAUUAAUUCAUUAUACCCUGCGUAUUAAUAUUCUUUUUAGUAUUAUUAGAAAGCAUGUACAAAAUAAUGAAGUGCUUGAUUUCAUGUUAUCUAAUAUUGAAAGAUUUAAACAUAGAAAAAUUAAAGCAUACACAUUAUUAAAUCAUAUUAUUAAUAAUGUGUAUGAGGUGGAACAACUUGAUAAGAUACGCAAAUUCGUUGCUAAUAAUAAAAGAGAAGAAUGGAAAGAAAAAAUUAUGGAUGUUGAACAUAAGUUAAAGAUACGUUGGUCUCAAAUUAUGCGCCAGCAAUACUAUUCUGCAAUAUUUUUAUGAUCAGAUGAAGAUAAUUAACCAAUCAUAAAUGAUCAUUUAAUCGAAUCAACAAAAGAUAGCAAUUGUUGUAUACAUUUAUUUAUAUUACGAAUUGGUUUUCAUAUUUCUUUUUUCUACUCUUAUUUU